UUAAGCCGGAUCACGUAGGGCGGAAAGGAAAUGGUCAAAUCCAUUUUUUAACGCUAAAGUUAAAAGCAUAGAGCCCAAUACAUCAUCGCGGGCGAAAGUGUUUUUGUGCGACGUUUCACAAUUUGUGGAAAAAAUGAGCGAUUGUAUAAACGAAAAUGUUGUUCAAGACAUUGUACAUAUUAAUGAUGAAGCUUUGGCCACUCUUGUGAAGAGCAAUCCAUAUUUAUACAAUAAAAAGCAUAAAGAUUUCAAGAAUGUUGAAGUGAAAAAGGAUACAUGGAAAGUCAUUAGUACAUGUUGUGGUGCAACUUCUGGAGAAGAAGCAGAAAAUAGAUGGAACCAACUUCGAAACCAGUUAGGAAGGAAGUUGCGGGAGAUGAAACGUAAACCGCCCAGUGGUUCCGAAGGUGGAGUGAAAAUGACCACUUGGGAUUUAAUGCCAGCCAUGUCCUUUCUCAUACCUCACAUUGAACAUAGAAGAACUCGAGGUUCCAUGACUUUCUCACAUAAUUCUGGACCGUCAACAUCACCAAGCGGUUCAUCUUCAAACUCUGAAAAUUGUGUGAUAUUACCAUCACCAUCUUCACUCGAUUUGGUGAGUGACGAAAUAUCAAUCGAGUACGAUGCAGAAGGGAAUACAUGCAGUUCCUCGCCUGUAAAAAUUAUAUCGGAUGAUUUAGACGUUUUUAUUGACAUAACAAACAAUGAUGGUGAUAAGAAAAAACAAUUAAAUGAAAGCGAUGAAAAGAAUGCUGGAUUUCCGUCCAAGAAAUAUAAAACUGCUGUCCCGUCAUUGGAUACUUUUUCUCAACAAAAGAAGAAUAAAGAGAAUAAUCUAGAAUUGCUGAUUGCAAAGUCUUCGUCUGCCAUCCAAUCUAUGGCGACAUGUUUCACACAGGAUACUCUAAAUGAAACGAAUAAAGAAAAAAAGAUGCAUCCUUUUGUUGUUGCUAUAGAAGCAGCAUUUGAAAAGGUUUUUGCUGAAAUGGAAAUGGAAUGUUUUAUGGCUGUUAUGAACGUUAUCAGCAAAUAUCAAAAAUAGGUAAACUUGUACCAUCAACUAUAUUUACACGUCACUCUUAAUUGGGUUUAAUAAUAUCUGUAAUUGUAAGAUAUUGGCCAAUCAUAACCGUUCCAUUCUUCAGAGUUUCAGAGGAAUGGCUAUGAUUAGCCAGUCUUAGAACUACGAAUAUUAUAAAAUCCGAUUAAAGGUGACGUGUAAACAUAGUCAUCGAUGAAUACGUUUCCAUUCCAAAGAACCUUGAUUAUAAAA